AUGUCCCCACAACCGUUUUUUAACAAUUUUAGACUGAUAUAUUUGUCCCUUAUUACGAGAUUAGGAAAAGACUCUGUUCAAAACAGCAGCACCGCUUUGACAAUAAACUUGGUAAAUAGGUCGUUCGUCGCAGCCGGAAAACUUUAUGCAAAGCGAGUUAUCAACUAUGAAUCUACGCCUAGUAUUUAUCAUCAAAUCCAUCUUUAUUCGAGCAAGUCCAUACAUAACCCCAUUUCUGACUUUUCAUUAAGCGUAUUAGUAUCAAAAAUUAUUGUAACUCCUAAGCCUUCUUGGAGAGGUACCUCUUAUAGUCGUUCGCUAAGCACCACAGCCUGUCGCCUUAAUUCCGAUACUGAAGAGUCGGAUUCCCCUCGCCUACUCCCUUCCCAUUACCUUACAAACACUGAGGCAGCAUUACAUCGAAUUCGUAACAAAAAAUCAACCUGGCGGUCGAAGUACCGAGCCAAGCAACUUGACCGAAUAAAAACAGCAAUUGCUGCUUCCAUACUCGAAAAGAAUCGACAGACAGGCAACGAUGAAUUCGAAAUUAAAGCUUCAAAAUAUAGGGAUAUAAUCAAAGACAAAGUAACCAACAAUGACAUAAAAGUUGAUAAGAAACGAUUACUUCUUGAUUCUAUACGAAACAAAAAAAUAGCCAAGGCAAUUGAAGACGAGGUAACCGAAAAACCUGGUGAAUUAAAUCAAGAAGAUGUAUACAGAUUAAAGAAGAAAAUAGAUGGUUACCAAAAGUAUGUUAUAGAUUGGAAAACCAAAAGGGCACUACCUGGGUGGUUAAAACAUCGGUUAGCUGUCAAAGAAAAGAUAGAGUUUGAAAAAUGGAAUCCGAAAAAGAAACUGUCGAACGAGCAAAUGAAACAGAUUCAAAGGCUGCAUCAACAACAUCCUGAUCAUUUUACAGUUCCCAACCUCGCGGCUGAAUUUGGAAUAUCUCAAGAGGCAGUACGGAGAAUAUUAAAAGCAAAUUGGAAACGAAGCGAGAAAUACAUUGAACGCCGGAAGAAACGAUUUGUAGAGAAGCUGGCAGGAUACAAGGCAGAAUUAAAGAAGAGUAAGUAUCAGAGACGAAAAGAACUGAGAGCAGGAAAACGUGAUGCCAAAUUGAGACAGCUGUUGUGGGCGCCACCACCGAAGACGGGAAUGUGA